CGCAUAUUCGAUAAAAAAAAUAUAAAUUUAUAAUCGAAAAAAUAUUGCUCAAACCUUAUAUUUUCCCUUUUUUUUUUAAUUGGUCAAAAUAUUUUUUCCUCACUUUAUCAAAUCGAUUUGGCAGCUCUCACUUUACCAAAUCGAUAGGUAGCUUUCACUCUCUCAUUUCCCCCAAAUUGCUUCUCCGGUCGACCUCCCAAAUUGAUCUCUAUUUGCAAUGACAUCAGAGGGGUUUGCCUGAAACCUCUAUUUCGGUUUUGCGUGCUUGGCUCUUUGAGAUUUUUCUUCAUCCAUAAGUAUUCAUCAAAGUCAAUUGGUGGAGCUGUUAGCUAUAAGUAAAUGACUGGGAAAAUCAACUAGAAAGGUACCCGAAACAUUCUGACAAAACUAUGCUAGCUAGGUAAACUGGCUUAACGAGAAGUCAGGUACACUUGUUAACUCUCAUGGCAGCGUUGACACUCAUAAAAAUAGUCAUAUUCGGAAUAACAGUAGUAAUCAGAGUCCAUAUAGGAAAAUGGAAUCGCCAGAGUUACGUCCAUUGCCGCCUCUACUUGGAAGGAAUGCGAGACAGAGUUAUGGGAACACGAGGUUUUUCUCAGGUACUGCUGAGAAUGGUGUUGAUUUUUACUCUUCUGCGGGAUCUAUAGGUGGUAGAGAGAGUUCUAUAGGAGGUGGAUCAUUUCCCCGUAGAGAUUUUGCUGCUGUUGAAGUUGACAAGUUUGGUGGUUGUAGCUCGUCUUCUUCUAGUUCAUCUUCCAGUUCCGGAUCUGGUUCGCUUGUUCGGUCUGUAUCAUUGAGCAUUUCGCCACCAGCGAGUUUGAGUUCGAAAAGGGAAAAUUGAAGAGCUAAAUCACUGGAAUUGGUGGCUGUUGACACUGCUCCACCACCUCAGUAUCCACCUCCCCCUCCUCCACCGCCACAGACGAUGGCUAAUGUGCCAAUAUUUGUAGAAUCUCCAUCUCUGUCACCAUCACUAUCACCACGUAGUUUGCUAUCUCCAGAGAGAUAUUCAACUAGAAGGAUGGACUCAUCUCCUGGAAUUUUCAAUUUUUUGGAGCAGGAUGUUCAGUUUCUAGAAAGAAAUAGAAAUCACAUACAACAUGCUACACCAGCUUCUGUUCCGCCACCGUUAUGUCCACCACCACCACCACUGCCACCGCAGUCUUUGGUUCUUAAAACUCCUUUAAAAUCCAUAGGAGUUGAGAGUCCAGUAUUGGUUUCUCCAAUGGAGUUGCCUUCUAUUUCAGAACAUGUUGAGAAGAAUGAUGAGAAAACUGAGGAGCCUAAACCAAAGUUGAAAACUUUGCAUUGGAAUAAAGUGAGAGCAAGUUUGGAUCGCAAAAUGGAGUGGUAUCAACUGAAAUCAAGCUCAUUUAAGUUGAAUGAAGAGAUGAUAGAAACAUUGUUUGUCGUCAAGGAUCCUACUUUGAAUACAAAUGACACAGCUAGAAGCUUUGUUCCUUCACCGAACCAAGAGAAUAGAGUACUUGAUCCAAAGAAGGCGCAAAACAUUGCAAUUUUCCUGAGGGCCCUAAAUGUAACCACAGAGAAAAUAUGUGAAGCCCUUUUAGAAGGUAAUGCUGAAAUUAUUGGAACUGAGCUCCUUGAGAUUUUAUUGGAGAUGGCUCCAUCCAAAGACAAAGAACAUAAGUUAAAAGAGUACAAAGAUGAUUCUCCAGUCAAGCUCGACCCAACAGAGAAAUUUCUGAAAGCAAUGUUUGAUAUACCUUUUUCUAUAUUAAUGUUGAAAAUUUUGGAGUUUGAAAAUACUAGUUAAUGUUGAAAAUUUGGAGUUUGAAGAUGUUGAUGUUGAAAAUUUAAUUUUAAAGUUUAAUGUUCAAUGUAUUUUUG